GAAAAUGCCACUUCAAUGGAACAGUCUUGACACCAGAUACGCUUUUUUAUCUGGGGCGGUUCCUGCGGGCGUUGCUCUUGGCGGUUCUUUGUGUGUUAGCAAGAAUGAGAAUUUGGUCAACUUCAUUAAGGCUCAACGUUUGUCUUCAUGCAUCGCUCCAUCGUGCCAAUACUUUUAUCUUGCGGCUAAUGUUGGUGCAGCAGCUACUUUAGGCUACGCAUCUUAUUUGGUUUACAAGAUUGGCGGAGGUUUUGAUUAUACUGACACGACUGUUGCUCUUGGACUUUAUGGGGCUACUAUCGCGUCUGGACUUGUGGCAGUGCCGUUAUUGCGAACCAAGAAGGCUAAAUGGCUUGCUGCAAACACCAUCAUUUUGACCGGACUGUCAAUUGCUACAACCGUCGCUUUUUACAAAAUUGACAAAAUCUCUGGCCUUUGGACCAUACCAUUUUCCGUCGUUUCACUCUAUUAUGCUGCUAUUUGGGGAAAAGCGGCUUUUGGUUGUUGCGGGAAGACUACUACCGAAUAG